AGCUUUCUUGGACUCGGUGGAGACAAAAACGAAACCCAAAGGAAGGCGACUCGAGAUUCCUUUCUCUGGCAGAGAGCGGCGGUUUCCCGAGGCGGUUUUGGGGGGGAGAAGCUCUCUUACUCGCGGAAAGCGGUUUUCCGGCGGCGGGAGGAGGGCGGGGAUGAGCAGUUUGCCGUGAGGGCAAAAUGGUGAGGAGGAGGCUGGUUCUGGUGCUGCUCUGUGUCACGGUUCUUGCGCCUAUGGUUCUGUUCACCGAUCGGCUCGCCACCACUUCCAACUCCAUCUUGAAUGGCGGGUUUGUUGAUGACGUUUCCAAUCUGAGUUUUGGGAAUGAGAUUGAGAAGCUAAACAUUCUUCCACAGGCGUCCUCAGUUUCUGUGAAGGAACCGAUCCAGACGGUUCAUUCCAAUGGUUCGAGCAACUCCGAUCAGAUCUCAGCUUAUUCAAAAGAUGGACUGGCACUGAGAACAGAAGAAUUGCCAUCAAGAAGCUCUAGAGAGCACAACAGCCGGGUGCUAUCGGCAACCAAUGAGGGGAAAGAAUCAAAGAAAGAGCGUGUGAUCGAGCAAGCGACCAACCAGGAGAGCAGGAGCGAUGGGUUGGAGAAACCCAAACCAGUUGCAGGGAAUAAGGGGAGGGGAUUCCGGAAGACCGGAGAAGCCACCCCAUCAAGGAAGCAGAAGAAUAAUCAUGAUAAACAAUCUCGACAAAGGUCUGCCGUAGGUCAUUCGGGAAAGCGCCAGAUGGAAAACCAUGGUGGUAGAACAGCCAUGCCCGAUGCUAGAGUGCAGCAUCUUAAGGACCAGUUGACAAGGGCAAAUGUUUAUCUUGACCUUGAAUCUACUCAGAGAAGUCCUCCAUUCAUCAGGGAGCUCCGAACACAGAUAAGGGAUGUUCAGCAGGCUCUUGGUGAUGCCACAAUGGACUCAGAAUUACCAAAGAAUGCCUAUGCAAUACUGGAGGCAAUGGAACAAACUUUGGCUAAGGGCAAGCAAAUUAGUGAUUGCUCUGCUGCUGUCAAAAAGCUCCAAGCUAUUCUUCGCUCCACCAAGGAACAACUACGUCUUCACAAUAGGCAGAUAAUGUUUCUAACACAACUAGCAGCAAAAACUAUCCCUAAAGGUCUCCACUGUCUUCCCUUACGACUUAGUACUGAGUACCAUUCACUGAACGCCGGCGAACUGCAAUUCCCAUUUCAAGAGAAACUUGAAGACCCUGCGCUCUACCAUUAUGCACUAUUCUCUGAUAAUGUGUUGGCAGCAGCUGUGGUUGUGAACUCUACUGUGUUUAAUGCUAAGAACCCCGAGAGCCAUGUGUUCCACAUUGUCACUGAUAGGCUCAAUUAUGCAGCCAUGAGGAUGUGGUUUUUAGCCAAUCCCCCAGGAAAAGCAACCAUCCAAGUUCAGAGCGUUGAAGAAUUCACUUGGCUAAACUCAAGUUACAGUCCAGUCCUGAAACAGCUCGGUUCUCAAUCCAUGAUUGAUUACUACUUCCGGACUCAUCAUGCUAAACCUGAUGGAACAUUGAAGUACCGAAACCCAAAAUACCUCUCCAUCCUAAAUCAUUUGCGGUUCUAUCUGCCUGAAAUUUUUCCAAAGCUAAACAAAGUGGUCUUUUUGGAUGAUGAUAUUGUAGUUCAGAGGGACCUAACCGCUCUUUGGAUGAUUGAUCUUAAGGGAAAGGUUAAUGGUGCAGUUGAGACUUGUGGUGAAAGCUUCCACAGGUUUGAUAAGUAUCUGAACUUCUCAAAUCCUAUUAUUUCCAAAAAUUUCGACCCUGAUGCUUGUGGCUGGGCAUAUGGAAUGAAUAUAUUCGAUUUGGCUGAGUGGAGGAAGCAGAACAUUACAGAAAUCUAUCACUUUUGGCAGGAACUGAACCAUGACAGGCUACUAUGGAGUUUGGGCACCCUACCACCGGGUUUGAUAACAUUUUAUAAUCGCACAUUCGCUCUGGACCGCUCAUGGCAUGUGUUGGGCCUUGGGUACGACCCAGAUGUGAACCAGACUGAUAUCGAGCGGGCAGCUGUCAUACACUACAACGGAAACAUGAAGCCUUGGUUGGAGAUUGUCAUGCCACAGUAUCGCAACUACUGGUCUAAAUAUGUGGACUACGAUCAACCUUAUCUGCGGGCCUGCAACGUGAGUCCUUGAGAGGGAGGCAAUGUCCUCCCUUGGUCUCUCUUUCCAACGCCGAUGUGGUUAUUCCUUCUUUUUUUUUUUUUUUGGUUCUUUGCUCUUUUGCUUAUUUUUCCUGCUGAAUUUAGACAUUUAGGUCCAUUCUUUGUGCUCUAGGGUUGUAAAUGGACUAGGGCACUUAUUGUGGUAUUCUCCCCCACCCUCCCCACGGCCUGAUAUAUUGUAAUUAGAAAGCAGUCUUCUUUUGGGUGGAGAAAUGGAGGAAGUGAAAAACUUCCUCCAAUAUUAUCAAUAAGAGAAUUUAGUGACUAGAGGGAAAGGAAAAAUUAAAAGAGUUUUAGUGUCAAUUCUUUUGCUUAAGCAGAGCAGGAUAACUGGAAAGGGCUUGAUGGCUGUUUUCCCCUCAUAAGUUGACCCAAUGCUGAAAGGUUUGAAGAAUCACGUGAAGGGGUGCGUUAAUGGGUGGUACAUUUCUUUCAAAGAAAAAUUCAGAAGUUCCUCUCCAA